AUGGCGAGUCUAGCUUGGAAACUAGAACCUCAAUAUGUUAAAGAAACAUACUAUGAUAUCGCCAAACAGGCUCAAGAAAUUUAUUUGGCUACUAAGAAUCACGGUGACAACUGUAGAAGUCAACCAGAAAAUGCGUAUGAGGACGUUCAUGCAACAACCGAAAUUAAUGCCUUAAUCGAUAAUGACGUUCAAGCAACAUUGAUUAAUAAUCAACCAGAAAAUGUGUACGAGAACGCUCAAGCAACAAUCGAAAAUGAUGACUUGACCGAUAAUCAACAAAACGGAAUUGUCGAGGAGAUAGAAAUUAAUCCUUUAAUAGAGAGUGUUGAAAUUUCUUUUAACAAUCCCUAUGUUGAUGUCAACGUUAAUUCCGAAUUCAUGAAUAUGCAAAAUCACCUUGCUAUUCUUGAGAACGAACUCGUCUCAAUUUAUACUAAGCAUGAGAAUGAAAUAAUUUCAAUGAGACAGGUUAUAUCGGGAUUGAAACUUAAAAUUAUGCAAUAUUAUACUAUACUUGGAAUUUAG